UCCUCAGUAUUGAAGAUGGCACUGCCAACAAAUGUCAGCUCUAUGCGAUGUAAAAUCAAACAAAGGAACAGUUCUUCCCGGUUCUCCGUCGAAUGUGGAUUGUUGAGCAUUAUAUACAAUAUGUCAAAAAAUGCAUUUUAUUUCUUUGCUCUUGACUGGGCAAAAGAGCAAAAGAAGCGUGGCAUAUCUGUCCCAAGAAAUAUGAAAGAACUUUCAUCGCUUUGUAGCGAAGACUGGAAGAAUCUUCCUCCACAUGAAAAGGGAAUUUAUAAAUCUAAAGCAAAAGACAACAAGAUUAAAGCUCAGAUGACAGUAGGUAACAGAACUACAAUUGGUGAAAGUGUAGCUGAGUUAGAGUUAGAGCAAAAGAGACAGGAGGAAUUUCAACAAAACAUGCUUCAAUACAUAGAAUCUAUAGUUGGUGUAGGUGUAAGACAUGAUAACUUGAAAAAUUUAAAAUUCAUAUUUAUACAUGUCAAUUGGUUUUAUAGAAGAGACAUAGGAAUUAACAAGUAUGACUUUUGUCCUGCAGAAUUUGCAAUUGCAGAAUUUAGUAUACUAAAUGGUAUUCGAAACGUAUACCAUGAAAUAUUAAAGGUAAAAAUACCUUUAGGAUGGAAAAGAGAUGCACUAGAAACUAGUCAGGAAACGCACCAAAUCCCUAUAGAAUUAGAUGAUGGAGAAUAUGACUUUGCACUUAUGUAUGAUAAGUUCUCCAAAUUUAUGGAACGUAAUAAGACUGGGAGAAGGUAUCCUCCAUUGUUCACUCUGAAAAAUGCAUAUCCUAUUGUGGAAUCACUGCUACAGAGAUUGAAUGAAGCAAGUGGUCAAUCUGUUGACGACUAUCUAAUCUAUUCGAUAGAAGCACUGUUUGGAGAACUACGAAAUGCUGCUGUACGGAAAAUAGACAAACGUGGCAUUCCUCUUGUUCUUGCCGAAACGGAAUUUGCAAAAGACUACUUAUCCACUAUGCGUGGCUUCGAGUGUGAAUUCCAUAAAAUUGUAGAUGUAGCUCAGUACUGCAGUAGAUCCAUAAUAACAAGAUGGGGUAUGACGAUAUGUGAUUAUUGCUGUGAAUACCUGAAUGUUGAAAUGAUCGAAGGUGUGCAUCGCCCAUACAAGAAUUCCUUCGACAUUAAUAGACAAGAUACUGCUAGCGGAAGAACUGAUAACAUUGAUCUGAAGAUGAAGACUUUAAAAAUACUGGAAAACAGGGUAACAAUUGCUGAUAUGAAUGGAGUAUCCAAAGAGUAUAGGGAUAAGGUAUCUACACGAUCUUACGAAGAAGAGAAAAAUAGACGAAUGGAGAAUAAAGUGGUCAUAGUUGAUCAUGCUAAAGCUAGUACAUCCAAAUCCAACACUGCAGCUCUAAAUUUGCCAAUGCGACCAUUGCGUGCACCUAAAACAAUGGCUAAAGCUCUUAGUGGAACACAGGAAGGCUUCGAGCUUCUUAACGAUGUUACCAAUUUUCCACCAAUUGGAGGACGAGGUACAGUUAAAAAAGAUACUACAAAGUUCAAGCUGCCUUUGGGCAGAGGACGUGGAAAUUGUUAGGACAAAUAGCUUUUGGUACGAAAGAGAUUGGACUUUUUCUGUGACAACAAAUUCGUAUGGAAUCUUUGAAAUACACUCUUACAAAUAAGACUUACAUAACUUGUGUGUAAUUUGUUUUAUGAAAAAAGAACAAUAUUUUGUUACAAACUUAGACAUAAAAAAAGAUGAAAGAUAAAGACACGAUCUGUUACCAAAGUUCAUAAAGAAAAUAUACGAUUAAUUUUUAAUGAAA